AUGCUCCGACGACAGAACUUCCAGCGCUUCCAGAGCCUUGCUCUAUCACAGACAUCACGGACCUUGUCGCAGACACCUCGAUACGUCCAUCAGAGCGCGAGCGCACGCCAAGAUGUUUCUGCCUCAUCCGUAUCUACCGCACAACUCCUCUCUACUCAGCCAGAGUCAAAAGUAGCCCGGUCCAAGGCUGUUCUAGGCCGACUACCAACAUCGACCGUUCUGCGCUCCUACCUCAUCACUGCCAUGUCCUCACAGCCCAUGCUACUCAAUGCAUGCUUUGGUAUCCUACGGCGCAUGCUAGACUCCAAGUCUUUUCUCAUGAGCAUCGAGCGCAACCCUGUCCUGUCCAACUUGCUCAAGAAGACCUUUUAUGCUCAAUUCUGCGUUGGCGAGCACAAGGAUGAGGUAGUCAAGAACACCGACUUUGCGAGGACUCUGGGCUAUGGUGGAAUCCUUUUCGAGUAUGCACUCGAGGUACUGGGUGGACAGGUGCCGACUGCCGAGGAGACCAAGAUGGAGAUCGAGGUGUGGAGGAAGGGUAUGCUCCAAAGUGUCGACAUGGCAAAGGAGGGUGACUUUGUCGGUCUAAAAUGGUCCGGUCUUGGUCGCCACGCCCUGAACCUCCUUCAAAAUCAGCAAGACGCCACCCCCGAGAUGUGGGAUGCCAUCACCGCCGCCUGUGAUGCCGCCGCCGCCAAGGGUGUCAGUCUCCUCCCCGGUGCUGAAGAAGAAGCUACAAAUCUCGGUCUUGAGAAGUGGACUCUUGCUUUGCAGAAGAAGUACAACAAGCCCGAAAAUGGCCGCGCUGUCCUCUACAUUACCUACCAAUGCUACCUACGCGACAUUUCCAAGCGCAUGGCCCAGCACCUCGAGAAGGCCUCCAAGGAAGGUUACAUCGCCGGUGUCAAGCUUGUGCGCGGCGCAUACCUAACCUCUGAGCCCAAGCACCUCACCUUCGACACCAAAGCCGGCACCGACGCAAACUACGACGCCUGCGCCGACGCCGUUGUCCGCCAGCAAUGGACUGACAAGGUACCUGCCCCAACUCCCGGCACACCCUUCCCCGCCGUAAACAUUGUCCUCGCCACCCACAACCUGGCCUCCGUGCAAGCCGCCCAGAAGAUCCGCGCUGAGCAGAUGCUUUUUACACCCCCAGAGAAGCUACCCCGCCUCACAUACGCCCAGCUCCAGGGCAUGGCCGAUGAGAUCUCGCAGGCGCUCGUGCAGGAUGAAACCAUGAAGGCAGACACCCAGGCCAAGGUCAUCAAGUGCAUGACUUGGGGUACUACAACUGAGUGCUUGAAUUUCUUGCUUCGCCGAGCAAGCGAGAACAAGGAGGCGGCGCUGCGAACAGAAGACACCAGGAGGGCCAUGGGCAAGGAGCUCUGGAGGAGGCUGAGGGGUGUGUUCGGUUUGGCUUAAGAUAAUCCCUUUCACUUGUGUCUUUUGUUUUCAUGAAGCGAAGCAUUCAGCAUGGCGUUUGGGAUUGGUUAAGGAAACCAGUUGUGAAAGGAAAACCAACUGGAUAUUUGCUUGUCUUCUUUACAGACCUCUCGUGAUAGAUGGUCAUUCUCAUUGUUGCAUAGAGCAACUACAAUAGUCUACAGAUUUUUUCAAUGUUAGAAAGUGUCUCAGAAACU